AAACCCGCAACCACACCCGCGAUGUCGGAGCAAGAGAUCGAUUCAGCUCCAAGUCAUAACUUGCCCGAGGUUCAUCGAAGCGGCCAUGGUGUCGAGGUUGUUCAGACAGGUGCCCGCAAAGAUGAGACAAAUUCUGAUCUAACUUGUCCGACCGCAGACACCAUCAGAGAAUGUGCAAGUACGCCAUCGAUGGGGUUGGCCUCCAUCACGCUCAGUAGCUGGGGAUCUUUAAGCGGGUUGUCCAUUGGGGGUUUUGUUGAUCAGCUUGGAGAGGAGUUCGCGGACAACUUAGGCUCGAUGUCGAUGUACAUCAGACAAGAGGUGAGCAGCACAACACAUGCAAACGUGUACAGUGCAGGUGAAAAAGGUGACCACGGGCCACCUCAAUGCCGACCAACACUGGAACGUGGUAUCAACGGGGAACUACUAGUGAAAAGUUACUUCAAUGUGGCAAUGUCAGGUCAGAGUUCCGUAAAGGGGGACGUCAGUGGGCCAAUGGAAGAUCAGAGUACCGUAACAAGUGCUCUCAACGAACCAAAGCCAUGUCAGAGUACCGCAACAAGUGCCCUCAACGACCCAAUGCCAUAUCAGAGUACCGAAACAAGUGCUCUCAACGAGCCAAUGCCAUGUCAGAGUACCGUAACAAGUGCUCUCAACGAGCCAACGCCAUAUCAGAGUGAAUUUUUUCCAACGAUACCAUUUUCUACAUAUCAACCACCAG